AUUUUACCCUCACAUCCUCGCUCUCCCAGCUACUGGUUAAGUCUUGAAAUAACAACAGAAACUACGCACCGGUACAGUCAUUAUGAAGCAGCUAGGGUUACUUGCUAGAUAACACUGCCUCUGAUUCAGAUCUGCAAAAAUAAGAAGGGAAAACAUCAAGUCACCAAAAACUAUGUGGUCUUUUAUCUUCUCUUUGUCUUCAGAUGUGGAUAUUAUGCAUUUUUAGUAAACCUACACAGCUCUUACUCAUAGAGGAAAUCUGAUCUGCUGCAGCACGGAAACAUCAGUGGUGACCACAGCGUGACAAAUUCCUUAGGGAGCUGCCUGUUUUUAAGCCAAGUGUUCAUGAUCCAGCUGGCUCAGAGGGAUCAACAACCCCCUUGUGAAUAAUGGUUAAAAACGUAUCCCACCUGGAUGCUGAAACCCUGACAAUGCUGCAGAAUAAAGCUAUCUCCAUCACCCUCCCAGUUGUGUAUUCACUGGUGGCAAUGAUCAGUAUCCCUGGCAACUUGUUCUCACUUUGGGUGCUCUGCUGGCACAUCAAACCCAAAACACCUUCUGUUAUCUUCAUGAUCAACCUGAGCAUCACAGAUCUCAUGCUGGCCUGCUGCUUUCCCUUCCAAAUUUCUUAUCACAUCCAAAGCAAUCACUGGACCUUUGGCAAGACUCUUUGCAGCCUUGUGACCGUGAUGUUCUACUCCAACAUGUAUUCUUCCAUACUGACCAUGACUUGUAUCAGCAUCGAGCGGUACAUGGGUGUGGUAUAUCCCAUGAAGUUGAUCAAGUGGAGAAGGAAAAGAUAUGCCCUGGCUGCCUGCCUAGGUAUGUGGAUUUUCUUGCUACUGGCCUUCUACCCACUAGAAAGCACAGAUCUGACCUAUGAAGUGAAAGAACUGGGGAUUAUAACCUGUUUUGACGUCCUCAAAUGGGAUAUGCUGCCCAACUUUGCAGCUUGGGUAGCGUUUCUCCUCACACUGUUUGUUGUGCUCUUCCUGAUCCCUUUUGUUGUAACGGUUGUAUGCUAUAUUGGCAUCAUUCGGAAGCUUAUUCAGACAUCGAACAGAUAUGGUAACAGGCAGAAGACAAGAUCCAUAUACCUGGCGAUGAUAGUCCUUCUGGUAUUCAUCACUUGCUUCGCCCCAAAUAACUUUAUCCUACUCGUGCAUAUGAUCAUCCGCCUAUUUUAUGGCAGGAGUUUGUACCCUGCCUACAAGCUCACCUUGUGCCUCAGUUGCCUCAACAACUGCAUAGAUCCCUUCAUUUAUUAUUUUGCAUCCAAAGAAUUCUACCAGAAAUUCAUGCAAGUGUUUCGCCCUAAGGUACUGGUCAGCGACAGUUUGGAAACCAGAAGGGAAAGCUUAUUCUCUGGCAGGACCAUGUCAGCCAGGUCGAUGUCAAGUGGACCUAUGGAUGGAUUAGAGGGAGUGAAGGUCUAUUUGCAAAGGCAGGAAAGCGUUUUUUAGCCUUAGACAUCCCCAGAAGAAAGGCACGUUUGAGAUCCAUGGGUAGACACAGAAAACAUUUAUUUUUGAAUGGCUACCCUCAAAAUACCUUGCUCCAGUGAGAGAACUCAAGCCAUACUUACAUUGCGCAUCCUACUUCAGUACUUUCCGGUAAGAAAUGGAAGUGUCAUAGGAACUGAUUUUAUUCAAGAAGGCACUGAAGCAAACCCAACAUUGAUAAUUAGGGGUUGGCCUGGAAUUAGUCCUACUAUAUGAAACCAAGGGAUAAGUUUAGAAGGAAAAUUACUUUCAGUUUGUAUUAUCUCAGUGUUUAACCAAAAGUUUGUGAUUCUCACUGAAUGUGAAACUGUAUAUGAAUUAGAGCAUACACUGAAGUUGGAUUUGAGGUAGUUAUUUUUCUAAGCAAUGUGCUGCAUAUUUUUUUUGUUGUUUUUUGGGUUUUUUUAAAUACAUUUCUUUCUCUCCUGUUGUAUCUCUAUAAAAGAAUGAGUAAAAAUAGCUUGUCAUUUUACCAUUAAUGCAUAAUGCACAGCCACUGUGAAUUCACCACAACACUCACCCUACUGUUUAUCAGAACCAAACCACACUAACCUUUGAAAAGGUUAGGUUGACUCAUAUUAUUUAUUUCAAUUUUAUAUAGGAAAAUAUCUCAUACAAUGAAAGGGACGCUAGCACUUACGAUGUUUGAGACUACUUCAGCUGCUGAGCGGAUUAUAUUUUCAUUUCUUGAAGUUAUUAAUUACUCAGGACAGUGGGGUGCGGUUCAUUUAGGAAGACAGAUUUUCUCCUAUCAACCUACUACAGUAAUAACGCUGCUGCUUGUAUGUGAUUGGUAUCAACAAGCCGUUUUCACCAAUUCACUAUAGGCUAUAUGCAGAAGCACCAUCCACCUCAGCAGAGAAUUUAGCUUUAUAUAACGCACGGGCAGUGAGUUUAUCUUCCUUAUGGCAAUGGUGUGGAUUAUUAACCAGAUUUUCAGCUGGGUAUAUGAGAAUUCAACCACAGACUGGAGUAAUUGUAUGCCAGCAGAAACCAGAUGAAAACCUGUCCCUAUGGCCAGAUGUCAGAAACAUACUUCUUUCAAGCAGGCAAACAGAACGAAGAAGAAAAAUGUACCAAAUGCCCUGGAAAUAGGUUAUGGCAGGUUGAUUGUGCAGUCCUGUGUUUGGGAUUCCUCUCUGAAAUAUCCCCCUCCAGCUUGUUUGCAUAUCAUGGGUCAUGUUUUAAUUCUUCUCACAUCACAACAACUGCCUGUGUGCUUGGAAAGAUGACUGCUACAGAAUCUGUAGUGGGAACAGACAAAGGAAAAGUUCUUCCUGUAGUAUUUACAACUUUUUACCUACCUUUGGCCCUCAUUGACAGUGAAAAGCCAAAAAAUACCCGACAGAGCCAGACAAGUUUCCCCUCACAAGCGAGACAAAGCUAUAUGGUGACCUUUUGCUGUGCUGUGACUCCAUCCAACGCUGAGUAGGAGGUUGUCUUUGACAUUGUGGAAAGUUGGUUCAGACAUCACAUGCUAUCCUGAUUUCUGAGCUCCUGUGCUUAAGUAAAAGACAACACCCAAGGCCCUUAAAAUCUGCCUUUUUCCUUUAUAUAUGAGAUGAUUAAAACACAGUUUUCUACCACUAAUCACCACAAAUUUCUUCACGAUAGAGGCUGGAUAACACAAAAUCAGCUGUGACAUGUUUGCACGUCCUAUCUUCUGCUGAAGUGUUGUCUUUCAUUGUAUUUAUAUUCAAUUUAUAUUCAAUUGGAGCAGGAUAAAUGUGAGUGAACCUCGUAAAUUCAAUUUAUAUUCAAUUUAUAUUCAAUUGGAGCAGGAUAAAUGUGAGUGAACCUCGUAAAACCUUUC